AUUUCUCUAAUAUCGGAAAUUAUUUUGCUAACAGGAUUCAAUAUGAGAAAUCAGACUUCCAGAAUUACCGCCUCAAAAAGGAUUUAAGAGAAAGUCUUGUCUGGAUCUUACAGGACCUUGAGUACAAAAUAAUUGCAUUUCUGAAGAAUGAGCUGAAAAGGUUUAAGAAAAUGUUAAAAAAAGAGAACACACAGUACUUUGUUCAGGACUUUACAGAGGACAUGUGCAGUGUCAAAGAAGCAGCACUUGAUAUCACACUUUACUUCCUAAAAAGUAUGAAGCAAGAUAAACUUGCAGACAAUCUAAAAGAUGAGCUGGUCUUCAUUCAUCAACGACAACUUAAAUCGAACCUGAAGAAAAAGUAUCAAUGUGUGUUUGAAGGAAUUGCAAAGCAUGGUGACUCUACACUUCUGAAUAACAUCUACACAGAUCUCUAUAUCACUCAGGCUGGUAGUGAACAGAUCAAUACUGAACAUGAGGUAAGACAGAUUGAAGUUGCUUCCAGGCGUCAUGAAACACAAGAGAUACAGGUUGAAUGCAAAAAUUUGUUCAAAGCAUCUGAACAAGACAAGCAGAUCAGAACGGUACUGACAAAAGGAGUUUCUGGCAUUGGAAAAUCAGUCUCUGUGCAAAAGUUUAUUAUGGAUUGGGCUGAAGGAAAAGAAAAUCAAGAUAUCAGCUUCAUAUUUCCUCUUCCUUUCCGGGAGAUGAACUUAAAGGAGAAAGAAAAACAAAGUCUGAUGAGUCUUGUAAGUCAGUUUUUCCCAGAGACAAAAGGACUGAACCUUACAAGAAAUGAUAAAUUCCAAGUCCUGUUCAUUCUUGAUGGUUUGGAUGAAUGUCGUCUUCCUCUGAACUUUGACGGUAAUGAGACAUGGUCUGAUGUAUCGUCACCAGCCUCUCUGGAUGUUCUCCUAACUAACCUCAUCAAGGGAAAUCUGCUUCCUUCUGCUCUCAUCUGGAUCACCACCAGACCAGCAGCUGCCAGUAAGAUUCCUCCUGACUGUAUCGAUCGGGUAACAGAGGUCAGAGGAUUCAAUGAUGCACAAAAGGAGGAGUACUUCAAAAAAAGAUUCACUGAUCAGAAUCUGGCCAGUGAAAUCAUUGAUCACGUAAAAAAAUCAAAGAGUCUGUUUAUCAUGUGCCACAUCCCAGUCUUCUGC